ACAAUUAAGAGGAUAGGGUUGUGCGAAUCCUGCAGACUUUUAGUGGACUUAAAUAUUAAUAUAACAUUUUGUGAUUAAUAAAUUUGAACUUUUAUGUGGAGGAAUCGUUAUUUAAAAGACAUUUUUCGUGUUCUAAAUUUAGAAAUUUUGAUUCCGUAGGCACUUUUAGAUAGCAAGUCAAUGAUGAACUCUCAUCGAAGUAAAAAAUAAUGGAUUUUUUUUUUCUUAAACUAUUAUGUGAAUUCAAAAUAUGAUCAAAAUAGAAAUACAUAUAAAAUAUCUCUAAAUUUCAAAAAAAAAUAAUGGGUCGUUUAGAAAUAAUUUCUCUUCUUUCAAUUGUUGUGUAUACCCAGAUUGUUCUCAUUGUUCUAAAAAAUGAGUUUUCAAAUAUAAUAAUUAAGUAAAUAAUUAGAAUAUUUUUUAUUUUUUAUUAUAAUGUUAUAAAUUUUUAGUCUUUUAUGUAUUUUUAUUAUGUAAUAAUAUAUUUUAGUUAUUUGAUUCAAUGACAAGAAUAAGGGCAUGUUUAGUGGUGGAAAAUAAUUUUAAAUUUUUAUUCUAGUUUUUCAAAAAAAUAUAGAAAAAUUUAGCUAAAUUUUUUUUAAAAUAAUUUUUACAACAUUUCUAUGAAAUAUAUGAAUAACAAUAAAUAAUUUUGACACUAUUUACUUGUGAAAAUAGUUUUAUUUUUUAAUUUUAAAAUCUUUAAAUAAUUACAAAAAUGCCAUCCUAUUUUUAAUAUUUUUAUUAUUUUAAUAAUAUUUUUAAUUGUUACUUGAAUCAUAAAAAAAAUAAGCAUCUGUUCAAUUAAAAUUUUAAUUUGUUUUUCUUAUAUUAUUUUAUUUCCUAAUUCGUUUCUAGCAAAUAUGACUUUGGGUUUCUAAAAUCGUGGAUUCUAAAAUUCAUUUCAGUUCAACUAAUAUUUCGUAGAACAAUUGCGUAUUGACUAAACUACCCGUACUGUGACGCUCUAAAUUACAUAGUUGCCCUGGAGGAAGGCACAAAAUGUCUCUGCAAGUUCCACCCCCACCCUCUCGCCUCCCUUCCUCCGCAGACGAUCGGAAGGUCCCUGUCCUCCAUCCUAUCCCCUCUUCCACUUCCCUUUAUUGCUUCUUCUCUUUUUCCUCUCUCGUCCUGUUGGUCGGUGGUUCCCCGACUAUGGAUACGAAGGUCCUGCAACAACACAGGAAGUUAUAGGCUUAAUUCAUUCUCUCAUUACGGAGAAGCCUAGGCUCAUCGCUUGCCGAAAGUGGAACAUUGCUGAUUAAUUUUGCCCUGGAUUAAGCAGAGACAGUGAAGAAGAAUCAAUAUUUUGAGGGCCUUUGCUUGCAAUGAAUUCACCUGAGCGUAGUCGGACUAAUGCGAAAAAGGACAUUGAGGAUAAUUCUGAUGUGAAGAGUGAUAGGAUUGGAGAUGAUGAAGAAUGGGAGAGCAGUGACAAGAGAAAGCACAGGUCAAGCAAAUCAAGAAAGUCUAGUAAUGGGGAGGACACUGAAGUAGUGGAGAGUAGUGGAAGAAGGAGAAGUUCUGCUGACCGAAAUGAGAGCCGAAAGAGAUCAGGUGGAUCAAGCAAGGCAGGUAGUGAUGACGAUGACUAUGAAACAAGAAAAGAGAUGCGUUCUAGGCAGAUGAAAAAAAAACAAGAAGAGAGUACUUUGGAAAAAUUGAGCAGUUGGUAUCAGGAUGGGGAAUUAGAAAAUAAGCAGGAUGGGAGAGAGAAGUCUGGGAGCAGAGGUCAUUGUCGGACAGAUGAAAGUGAGAGAAGGAAAAUGACUUCAAAAAUCUCAGAUCAUGAGAGUUCCCAAAGUAGAAGUAAAAGCAAAGAAGAAAAAUCUUAUGAUGGAGAGGUUGAAAAGAUGAUUGAUAGAGAUCCCGAGUAUUCUGAGAGGAGAGCAAGCAGUCAAGAGAAGGUCCAUGGGUCUUCUGAGCAGGUAAAAAACCCUAGGAGAAGAUGGGAUGAGUCAGAUUCUGGUAAGAAGGCUGAAGAAGGUGGUCAUGUAGAAAGGGCUGGUUUGAGAAAUGGGAAGGCUUCUGAUCUUAAGCUAGAGGGUGCUAAGGAUAGAAGUGUCUCUACAAGGAUUGAAUCCAGUGAAAGCAAAUGCAGGGUUUUGGAGUCAAACAGUGACAAAAUCAGCAAGUUCAACAGCAGGGAAGAGAGAAGAGCUGAUGCUGAAAGGAGUAAGAGUAAAGGUAAGUCCGAUGCUUCAGAAGAAGAUAGUAAGGCCAGUUCUUUAGUUCGUGAUGACAGAUCAAUCAAGGAGAAAAAUGAGAAACAUAGAUCGCAGAGGAAUCCCUCUGGUCGGGAAGGUGCUGAAUUCCGGGAGAAGUCUUUGAAUGUGGAUGAGGAUGGAAAUACAUGGCUGAGGGAAAAAAAUGGAAGGGAGGUGGAGCACUCUAACAGGUCCAGGACCCCUGAGAGGAGUGGGAGGCGCCAUCAGGAAUCAGAAAACUCUGAAAUGGAAAAUGAAAGAAGCGGUACAUUUAAGAGAAGGGAAUAUGAGAAAGAUGGUUACAGAGAUGAUCGAUCAAAAGGCAGAGAUGGCAGCUGGAGUGACCGGAACAGGGACUGGGAAGGUUCCAAAGAGAACUGGAAAAGAAGGCAACCCAGCAACAAUGAUAAAGAAACAAAAGAUAGGGACGUUGUUUAUGAUCAUAGUCGAGAGUGGGAAUUGCAGAGGCAUGUUCGUGAGAGGACGGACAGUGAAAGGCCUCAGGGUAGGUCUGGUAGUAGAAAAGAGGGAAGGACUGAAGCUGUGAAGACUUCAUCAAAUUAUGGAAUUUCAAGUGAGAAUUAUGAUGUGAUAGAAAUCCAAACCAAGCCUCUUGAUUAUGGAAGAGAAGAGUUUGGAUCUGCCUUUUCCAGGAGAGCUGAUGUGGGUCAGCAAUCUGAUAUGAAAUCAGUACCAAAUGAUGAGGAGUGGGCGUAUUUGCGGGAUGAAAGAGCAAGAAGAACUGACAUAUAUGGGUCUGGGCCAUCUGGUGAUGAUUCAAAGGAAAAAUAUAUGGAUGAUGGCACACCCAUGCGAGAUCAGAAUUCAUGGAGGGACGAUGGUGACUUUCAGGGAGGGAAGGCAAGAGGGCAGAAAAGUGCAAUGUCUGGUCGUGUUGCUGGUGGCCAGAGUUCUUGUGGUGGUUCACAGCCUCCAUAUGGAAACCAGGAUCAAGGUUCCUUUAGUAGAGCUGCGCCUCAAGGUGGUAAAGGGAGUAGAGUUGGGAGAGGAGGAAGGGGUAGGCCUGCUGGGAGAGAUGGCCAACAGGUUGGUAUGCCACUGCCUAUGAUUGGAUCACCUUUUGGACCUCUUGGAAUGCCGCCUCCUGGAUCAAUGCAGCCUCUUAACCCUACCAUGUCUCCUGCUGCUGGUCCUCCUAUUUCACCUGGUGUCUUUAUUCCACCAUUUUCUCCACCCGUUGUUUGGCCUGGAGCUCGAGGUGUUGAUAUGAAUAUGAAUAUGUUAGCUGUUCCACCUGGUCUCUCUCCUGUUCCCCCUGGACCAGCUGGUCCUAGAUUUACUCCAAAUAUAGGUACUCCACCAAACCCCACCAUGUAUUUCAGUCAGCCAGGUUCUGGAAGAGGAGUGCCUCCAGCCAUAUCUGGUCCUGGUCUUAAUGCCAUGGUGCCAGCUGGACGAGGACAGCCACAUGAUAAAGCAUCUGGUGGUUGGGUUCCUCCUAGAACUGGCGGACCUCCUGGAAAAGCUCCUUCCAGAGGAGAGCAGAAUGAUUACUCCCAAAAUUUUGUUGACACUGGCAUGCGACCCCAAAAUUUCAUUAGGGAGCUAGAGCUUACUAAUGUUGUGGAGGAUUAUCCCAAGCUUCGGGAGCUUAUACAGAAGAAGGAUGAGAUUGUGGCUAAAUCUGCUUCUCCUCCCAUGUAUUACAAGUGUGACCUGCAUGAGCAUAUGCUAUCUCCAGAGUUCUUUGGAUCAAAGUUUGAUGUCAUUCUUGUGGACCCUCCUUGGGAGGAAUAUGUGCAUCGAGCUCCUGGUGUUGCUGACCAUAUGGAGUACUGGACAUUUGAAGAAAUAUUAAAUCUUAAAAUUGAGGCAAUUGCAGACACGCCUUCUUUUAUAUUCCUUUGGGUGGGUGAUGGUGUGGGACUUGAGCAGGGUCGCCAGUGUCUUAAGAAGUGGGGGUUUCGAAGGUGUGAGGAUAUAUGUUGGGUGAAAACCAACAAAAGUAACGCAACUCCAGGGUUGCGUCAUGAUUCUCAUACUCUGUUUCAGCACUCAAAGGAGCACUGCUUGAUGGGGAUAAAGGGAACUGUUCGUCGAAGCACUGAUGGUCAUAUAAUUCAUGCCAACAUUGACACUGAUGUAAUUAUUGCCGAGGAACCUCCUUAUGGUUCAACUGCAAAGCCUGAAGAUAUGUACAGGAUAAUCGAGCAUUUUUCCCUUGGUCGCAGGAGGCUUGAGCUUUUCGGUGAAGACCACAAUAUUCGGUCUGGGUGGCUGACUGUUGGUAAAGGACUAUCCUCAUCAAAUUUUAAUGCUGAGGCAUAUGUCAAGAACUUUGCUGAUAAGGAUGGGAAAGUUUGGCAAGGAGGAGGAGGAAGAAAUCCGCCACCAGAAGCUCCUCAUCUUGUUGUGACAACCCCUGAAAUAGAAGCUCUUCGACCAAAGUCCCCAAUGAAGAACCAGCAGCAAAUCCAGCAGUCAUCUUCGAUUUCCCUGACAACAGCCAACUCCACCAACAAAAGGCCUGGAAACUCUCCACAGAAUCCAACAGCUCUUAGUCUCAACCAAGAAGCUUCUAGUUCCAACCCUUCAACUCCAGCGCCUUGGGCUUCACCAUUGGAGGGCUCCAAAGGGCGAGAAGGCAGCAAUUUUGCUUCUGAUGAUAGGGUUUAUGAUAUCCCAGGGUAUAAUCCCCCUUGCGGGCUGCCAAAUGGUGACUAUAUUGAUUUUGACUCUCACAGAACGAUUAAUUUGAUGUAACAUUAAAAUGCUAAGGCAUCAAACUGUGAUUAUAUGUUUGCAUGCUGUUAUUCUUUUUCCUUGGAUAUGAAUGGAAAGAAAAUUUUGCA